AUGGUAUGUGACAUCCUCGCGGGAGAACGUGGCCCAUCUUGUAAAAACAUGAACCAAAUUCCAGAUAUUAAGGUAUUCUACUUGAGAUUUGUUAAACCCGAAGCUCCAAACGAAAUAGAUGAAGAAACCGAUGAUCAUGAAUCUACCCAGGUAUUUCAAUAAACAUUUACACUAAUAACAAUAAUCUUGACCAUCUAGAGUUUUGCUUUGUCCCUACCAACUUGCGUUAUAUUUAAGGAAAUUUUAGAAGUCCUUCCCAAUAGACCUUUCCAAGGUUUCUACCGCCAUAUCCAGGUGAUCUCGUGUUCGUAUUUUAGCCAAUCAGCGCUCAGAAAGGGUUGUCCGGAUAGAAAUCCAUUUUGAUGUAUUCAGUCAAUUAUAUCUUUCGUUAUUCUUUAUGAAACUAGUUGAAAUUUUGUAAUUAUGUUUGCUUAUGAGAACUAUAGCUCUGACAUCCUCGUUCCCAGGGCUUCUCGGCUGCCUGCGUUGCCGUAAGCCCUGGGAUAAGCCAAACCGGAACACCACAAAUUCUGGUGUUUUCCGGAAGUAAACGCGCUCUGCUGCAAGCUAAAAAUGCUGACUAUGCACUAAUUUUUACUGAGGAGUGGAGACGUGUUGGUGAGCAGAAAAUAUUGGAUUUUUCUUUUGUUUCGAUGUAUUUUCCACCAUCAAGGGAAUAUAUACAGACUACCUAAUCGAAUUAUACAUAUUGUGGGUUUAUAUUUCGUUAUAUCGUUAAUAUUCGUCAAAAUACAACCCUAUUUCGGUCUCGUAUUACAUGUAUAUCAAUUUUCAUGUAUGAUGUAAACAUGAUCGAGUCGAAAUGUGCUCGAAGUGGCCGCUGUGAUUCGAAACAUCAUGGGUUCUUGUACAGAUGACCUGUUUCAACACGCGCUUGUAAAGUCACUUCAAAGACUGGACAAAGAACGACAUGUGACAUGUCUAAACGGCGGUGUGUGUCUGUUUACUGGGUUACAACAACGGCAAUAUUAACAAUGAAUCACCAAACAUUUCAAGAAAAUAUAAAUUAUAGAUAGAUGUCAUGCAUGACCCCAUGAGUUUUGGAUUUGAAUUGCUAGAUUUAAAGGUCUUUAAAUCUAUAUUAUGUAUACAAAAUCAUGCGUGCGUAAAUUUGAGCAAAAAAGCACAAGGUGUUUGUUUGGCCAUAUGCCCAUCGUGUAGUAUGAAUAUUGAACACCGGUACCGUUUUAUAUAGCACGUUUAAAACGUUAUUUCCAUGCUGGAUAAUCCUGAAUCCUUCACCGAUUACAUGCGUGGCAAAUGACGAAAAAUAAUUAUGUGAAAUAAUUAACCUAUAAAUAUGUCUUUGGCCAUGAAUGCAACUCACUAUGCUUCUUUAUACAUCUGACAGUCAAAACUAUGUGCAUGACUACAUGGCCCAAUGUAUGUUAAUUGUUUCAGGGAAAUUUUUGUGUUCAGAUUAAAGUAUAACAAUAUUUUCUGCAUUCCAAUAUAUUUUCUACAUGCAAGUGCACAUUCUGUUUCAGAUAGGGGCCAAAUCAUUUGAGGCUGAAUGGGAUAGCAAAUGAUUGGAGGGUAGUGUUAGCAAAUUUGACUCCCUUACAUAAUGUCAAGUUAUCACUGGUCAAUUUUUAAAUUUCUUACAAUUUCACAUCAGGGAGUUCAUUGCCCCCCCCAUUAUCCAGAAGUGUGACAAAGCGUUUUCUAAUAUCUAUCCAGGUGUCCAAUCUAAAUCUCCACCACAACAGGAUGUAUACUCGAGUGAUGGUAAGGGAGGUGGGGUUAAAAUUCUGAUUUAUCAAUAUAUUACUACACAUUUCCACAUUAAAAAUAUGAAAAGUUUUCCAGUUCAAAAUAUCUAUAGUGCUCAGGAGGCUUAAACCAGAAUUUCAGAAUACAAAGCAACUUUUAUGUAAUUUUUGUAAUGGUUUGUUUAAAAUCAAUUUUUAUACAGACAUGGUAGGGUGUCUCCUGGCUAGAAGCCUGCAUAUACAUAUACAAAUUUUCAGUUUGGUCAAUAAUAAUAGUUUAUUUUAUAAUUUCAAUUCUUACAAGAUUUACAAUAAGUCAACAGAAUAGUAUUCUAUUCUGAACUGUUGACAGGAAACAGUGUAAAUUCAUGAUCUCUUAAUCCAAUAUGACACAAGAAUUCGAGACCCCCACCUCGGGCAUUCACUUAAUUUGGUGUGUGAAAUUCAGUGAAGUCCCCUGCAGCCAGGACAAAAUGGCAAGGUAAAUUUCUUCGGUCCUAUCAUCCCCAGGUAUUCAAUUGGAAUUUUUACUUGAAAUUUCCCAAACCAUUCCUUUACUGUUCUGUAAAAGCCUUUCCUAGCUGACUGCUUUAUUUCAGCAUUUAUAUAAAAGACUAAACCUUUCCUAGCCGACUGCUUUGUUUCAGCAUUUAUAUAGCCAACUGCUUUAUUUCAACAUUUAUAUAAAAGACUAAGUGCCCCCCUCCCCCAUGACCUCAUUCAUUCCUCGACUUGGACACUGAAAGUAAGUGUCUUCCCUGUUUGCCAAGAAAUGAUAAACCUGUGAAUAAGAGGCGAUUGUCCUUGCAUUCCCCUCUGGUAUGCCAAAGGUGCAGGGAUUCAAAUGACUGGUGCAACUGAAUAUGCUUAUAAGCUUAUUCACUGUAUUUAAUUAAAUGCUACUAAAAUUACUUACUAAUAAUACAACUGAGAAAAUUCAGAAAUAGUAAAAUACACCUAUAAUAUUCUAUAUGCUAUAUUUAAAAAUUCCAAUUGGCCAUUUUAAUAUAGGGCCACUUUAAUAUAGGUGCGUAAUAGGCCAAGUGACCAAUACCAAAAGCAUAAUAAUUAAUAAAAUGCAAUAUAAUAAUAUAUUACACCAUUAAAACUUUACUAUCGUAAAUAUAUAUUAUUAAACAUUUUACAUUUACAAUGUGCUUAAAAUUUUACAAUUAUACUUGAGCACAAUGUUUUAAUGAUAGGCAACUUUAUAACAAGAAAAUGUUAAAAUGAAGAAACUUUUUAAUGGCUUCAUAAUUGACGUUUCUUCGAUAUUGUUGCUUACUUCUACUUUAUAAUUGUCCAUUUUGCUAUUUUCUUUCUUUCUGUUUGCAAAUUAUCUCCAUUAAUCCAUAGAAAACAAGCAUUAUACGUUUGUAUUUCUUUGUAUUUCGAACGCGCACUCCUUGAAGGCAACCAUAUUGCCGAAUAUAAACAUCCACUUGAUGAAUAAACUUUUCAUACUUCACUCUAUUUCCAACGACCAAUCAAAUCACUUCUGCUUCGGCUUGUCCCAGGGCUUACGGCAACGCAGGCAGCCGAGAAGCCCUGGGAACGAGGAUGUAGCUCUGACAAAAAUAUGGAAUCGAAAUAAAGUAUAUUAAAGGAGAUAUUCAGUUGUUUUAAUCAUAAAAUGGAUUUCUAUUUGACAACUAGUGCCAGUACUUUUCCGCGUAUCAAGAUCAUCUGGAUUGCAGGGGGUGCAAAAACAUUGGGGCGAGCGCGCGGCCACCAAUGGCGCCCAUACUAUUUCCUAUUGAGUGAGUGAAAAUUACCUUUUGACAUUUUGUCCUUUUUCUCGAAAAAUUUCUGUACAAGCAUAUCCAAUUUUUAUUUUUAGAUAAUCGCUGGGUUUUUUCUGAUAUGUGGCUGAGAUUUUUUGCUAAUCGAAGGACAGGAAGUAAUAAAAAACGGCGGCUUUUAUUGUAAAACUUGACCGACAUUUGAGAGAUGAUUUUUGUACAAAUAUACAAAUAUAAACAGUAAUAAUGGCGGACACCAAAGGACUUACACACUUAAUGACAAAUAUUCUUCCAAAGAUUGGUUAAACAAACGAAACAACAAGAAUCAUCGCUCAAACGUCGGUCAAGUUGUGCAACAAAAGCCGCCGUUUUUUAUUACUUCCUGUCCUUCGAUUAGCAAGAAAUCUCGGCCACAUAUCAGAAAAAACCAGCGAUUAUCCAAAAAUAAAAAUUGGAUAUGCUUGUAUAGAAAUUUUUUGAGAAAAAAGACAAAAUGUCAAAAAGUAAUUUUCACUCACUCAAUAGGAAAUAGUAUGGGCGCCAUUGGUGGCCGCGCGCUCGCCCCAAUGUUUUUGCAACCCCUGCAAUAUGGCGGUAGAAACCUUGGAAAGGUCUAUUGGACUAUUCCGAUUAUUAUCUGCACCCCCCCUGUUGAGGAAUCCCUUUCCCAUGGAAUUUCCAUUUUAAAUUAGGCCUUACCCAUGGAAUUUCCAUUUAAAAUUUGGCCCUGUCCAUGGAAUUUCCAUGUGUAAAUUACCCCUCCCUAUGGAAUUGCCAUCAUGGGACAUUUACUCCUGGAAAUUUCUUUCUAACAAGUGUCCUCCCAUGGAAUUUCCAUCCCAUCAAAUUUACUCGUCUGGAAAUUCCAUGUGAGAAUUACUCCUCCCCUUGGAAAUCCAGAGCCUGAAUACCCCUUUCCCUGGAAAUUCCAGGGUUAAUGUAUUCCCUCCCCUGAAAAUUUAAAGUUAAAUAUGCACUUCUCCCCUGGAAAUUCUAAGGUUAAUACACCCCCUCCCCUGGAAAUUCCAAGGUUAAUACACCCCCUCCCCUGGAAAUUCCGAGGUUCCUCAACAGGGGGGGUGCAGAUAAUAAUUGGAAUAGCCCAUUUAGUAAAAUUGCCCACCAUUGCCCCCAUUCCCUCGGGAGUUUUUUUGUGAAUGGUUUCUUAUGUUUACAUCAUUCACUAUAUAGCCACCAAAGAGAGCUAAGCGACGUGCCAUGUCUUUUCCAAGCCCUAAAAAGUCUUCAUCCAAACAUAACAAUUCAAGCAAGUACCCUAAAAGUUUAUCCGUUAAAGAUAUGUUGCACUUGGGAAAAGCCCUUCCAAAGAAGGAGUCAACCAUUAUAUCAAUUUUUCAAUUUAAUUUCAAACACAUGCGUUGGUCAAGUGUACCCAUUAAAGCAGAGUUCAUGAUUGAAGAAUUGCCAUUUGCUACUGGUGGAUUCAGGGAAGCCUUAAAGGCCACAAGUAUAACAGCUGGCUUUGAAGAAACAACAUGGGUAGUGAAGAAAUACCCGACCACUGCUGUAGACGUAAUUAGAGAAACUAACGAGACAGAACAAACACAUGCACAGAAGUCAGUACAAAUGCAUUAUUUGGCAAAAAAUUUUGCUUCACAGCUAAAUGAAAAAAUUGUCAAAGAUGGAAUAACAGAUUUUGGUGAAACCUUUUCAUACAAGAAAGUCUUCAUGGGUAAAACAGAUGAUGGGGAGUAUGUAACAAUUGAGGAGUACAUAGAUGGCGACUUUGUCAAAUACAUAAAUAACGAUGGAGAUAUCUGUGAAGAUGGAGACAUUUGUGAUAAGGCGCAGGCAUUUGCUCACUUCACAUAUGAAAAAUCAGAGGGCAAGUUAAUUGUUUUAGACAUCCAGGGUGCUGGGUACAAUCUAUACGAUCCCGAAAUUGCUUCAUUGCAUUUGCUAGGUGAUGAAGGCAAUUACAUGUUUUGUACUGGGAAUUUGUCUGAAACAGCAAUAACAUCCUUUUUUGGCAUUCAUGAAUGUAAUAAGUUUUGCAGACUCUUGUGUCUUAAGUUGAGACCAAAGAAGACCAAUGCCCAAUAA